AAGCAUUUCUCUGGGGAAGCUGGGGACAUUCCUGACUCCCUCUGACAGCUUUCCAACUCUCCCCAUGCCUUCUCCAGGUGCCAACCAUCGUGAGGUGCAUCCACCAGGUGCUCAUGACCAAUGAAUCUGCUGAGCACAGGCUGGAGAGGACCCUGCUGGAUCUCACCGAGGCACAGCCCGACGAUGUGGUCAUUACUCUCCUGCGUGUGGCCCCAACGUGCGACAGGUAUGGGGCCCACCUGUCCAGAGGGCUCACGGCUCCCCAGCCCAUUGCCCUGUACAGCCUGGCCCAGGUGUGUCACCAACAGAGAGUUCCAGGGGCCUCUGGCUGCUCCCCUUCCCAGCCCUGGCAUGUCAGCCCCUGAGCCUGCUGCCAUGCUGCCACCCUGCCCCUCAGCAGCCUGUCCCCACAGGCCUGGGCUGCCUGGCUGCUGCUGCUGCUGCUGCUGAGGGGCAGUGGGCAGAGGCAGAGCUGGCAGCCAGCUCAGCUCCCUGCUGCUACCCAGGCCAUGGGGAUGUGUCUGAGACCCUGUGCCUGACAUGGAGCUCUGACCCCGCAGAGCUGCAAUGACCAUAUGGAAGAAGAUCUUGUGCUCACCCAGGACUGCGGAGCGGGCACUCCUGAUACUCCUGGAUGUGCUGGGGGACUGGCCAGAGCACAGCAGGUGCACCUCGGAUUGGAAGACCACGGGUGUCUUUGCCCUGGCUGCAACUGUGGUGAUGUGGAAGAUCCUCCAGGUGCCCUGCUGGCCAGAAGCUUUAACAGUGUAUUUCCCCCAGCUCUUUGUGCAUCUGCUCCUCCAAGUGUUCUUCAGCACAGAACAGAUGCCAGAGGAGGGCUGGAACUUCUGGAAGAGAUGCCAGGAAGAACACGGCUUUGCCACCAGCCCCAACAGGUGCUCCAUCCCAGUCCUCCUGCCCCUGCCACGUCCCAAGGGCAGAAGCCAGUGCUCCCAGCAUGACCUGGACUUUGCUGUGCACACAGGUUUGCAGUGCAGACCCUCAAGUUUCUCCUCUGCCAAAUGCACCAUGAGGAAGUGGUGCUGUCAAUGGAACGCAAGUGUGGCUGGGACACACUGCUGUGUGCUGACACCCACCACUGUGCCGUGGGUCUGCUGGCCAGGUGAGACCCCCUUCUCCCCACUGCAUCUGACAUUUCUGCCCUGGGCCCAGGGCCUGGCCCAAUACCGUCCCCGUGCUUGUGGGCCAGAGGGCCUUGUUAGCAAGGGAUGGCCAAGCAGACUGGGAAAAGGCUGGGAGAGGAAAGAGCCCACAAGGAGCUGCCUCCCAAGGAGCCCAUGUCCACUCACAUCCUUGGGGAGAAAGACCAGGCCCAUGGGAGUGAGUCCCCUGGCAGAGAUUUGCUCAGGGUCCUGGUCCCAUUUUUACCCUGUCAGGGAGAUGCGCCACGCUUCUCUAGGGUUGUAUUCCAGAACUGCAUUGCACUUCCUCUGGCUGCUCAGCACACAAGAGCCACGCUGGGAUCUGCCCGCCCUGGCAUUCCUUGUGGAGGUGAGCCUGAUGGCCAGCACUACCUCCCUGAGCUGCCUGCCAGCUCUCUGCCCUCUCAUAGCCCCAGCUGCCUGGGACGCUGCCCGUGCCCUGUGCUGCUGCCUGGGCCCGGCCCUGUGCGGUUCCAGGCUUCUGCCGGCUGGCUUCCCUGUCACUGCCCUGUGCCUUUCAGAUCCCAGAGUACCUGGACUCCAGUGAAUGCACUGACAGUGUUGUGCAGGUCUCCUCAAGGUGCCUGCAGAGCGAGUGCAGGGAGAGGCGUCACCUGGCGCUCAGGGCCCUUCUCAAGUUCAUUGACCAUCCCUCCAUGGUGAGAAGGGGACAGUGGCUGAAGCUGGGGAAUGCAGUCACUUGGGCUUGGCUGGGCUUGGAGCUCUGAGGCAGCUGCUCCCAGCUCUCCUGACUCCUGCUUCAGCUGCCCCAGUGCUUAGGGACUGGCCUUUGCACUCUGGGUUCUGCCACAGGAGCAAGCUGCGAUUUCACACACUUGUGUUCCACACAGGCGAAAAAAAUGUGGAGCCUGACUGAAACACUCAUGGACCUACUUCAGGACAAAGAUGCAGACAUAAUUGGGAUGUCACUCAUCAUACUCAGCUUCAUAUUCACCUACAAAUACAUUGUGGUACCCAGCCCCAUUGCCCUGCAGCUGGCUGAGGCGCUCCUGCCGCUCUUCGACCACGUAAGGCUCUGUGCCCUCAGCCACGGGCACUGAGUGCUGCCCAGACACUUUGUACUCUGUGGAUUUUCAGGCCUGUGCCAAUGUGAGCCUGGAGCACACAAUGCUAACAUCAACUAACAUCAUUUACCCUUCCUUUCUUACAGGAGAAUAGCCAGGUUCAGCUGCUCUCUAUAGGGCUCUUCCGAGGUACAAUGGACUUUUUGGGAAGGGGAAAAAAUCCUCUGGAGAUGCCUGUGCGCCAGAGCCUC